AUGAAGGCCACCUGGAUCAGGCUUCUGAAAAGAGCCAAAGGAGGACGUCUGAAGAAUUCUGAUAUCUGUGGUUCGGCGGACUCCUACACCAGCCGUCCAUCCGAUUCAGAUGUAUCUCUGGAAGAAGACAGGGAAGCAGUGCGGAGAGAGGCAGAGCGACAGGCCCAGGCACAGCUGGAAAAAGCAAAGACAAAACCUGUUGCAUUUGCAGUUCGGACAAAUGUUGGGUACAGUGCAGCUCACGAUGACGAUGUUCCAGUCCCAGGCAUGGCCAUCUCAUUUGAGGCUAAAGAUUUUCUUCACGUUAAAGAAAAAUUUAAUAAUGACUGGUGGAUAGGACGGUUGGUAAAAGAAGGCUGUGAAAUAGGAUUCAUACCAAGCCCAGUCAAACUAGAAAACAUGAGGCUGCAGCAUGAACAAAAGGCAAAACAAGGAAAAUUCUACUCCAGUAAAUCAGGAGGAAACUCUUCAUCCAGUUUGGGUGACAUUGUUCCUAGUUCCAGAAAAUCGACGCCUCCAUCAUCUGCUAUAGACAUAGAUGCUACUGGCUUAGAUGCAGAAGAAAAUGAUAUUCCAGCAAACCAUCGCUCCCCCAAACCCAGUGCAAACAGUGUAACAUCACCCCACUCCAAAGAGAAAAGAAUGCCCUUCUUUAAGAAGACAGAGCACAUCCCUCCCUAUGAUGUAGUGCCUUCUAUGCGACCAGUAGUUUUAGUGGGGCCUUCUCUGAAGGGAUAUGAGGUAACCGAUAUGAUGCAAAAAGCAUUAUUUGAUUUUUUAAAACAUAGAUUCGAAGGGCGUAUAUCAAUUACACGAGUCACAGCAGACAUCUCGCUUGCCAAACGCUCAGUAUUAAACAACCCCAGUAAGCAUGCGAUAAUAGAGCGAUCUAACACAAGAUCAAGCUUAGCUGAAGUUCAAAGUGAAAUUGAACGGAUUUUUGAAUUGGCAAGGACACUGCAGUUGGUAGUGCUUGAUGCUGAUACCAUUAACCACCCAGCUCAACUGAGCAAAACCUCUCUGGCUCCCAUUAUAGUAUACGUAAAGAUUUCUUCUCCUAAGGUUUUACAGAGGUUAAUAAAAUCUCGAGGGAAAUCUCAGGCCAAACACCUUAAUGUUCAGAUGGUGGCAGCUGAUAAACUGGCACAGUGUCCUCCCGAAAUGUUCGAUGUAAUUCUUGAUGAGAACCAGCUUGAAGAUGCUUGUGAGCACCUUGCUGACUAUCUGGAAGCCUACUGGAAGGCCACACAUCCACCUAGCAGCAAUCCUCCUAACCAGCUUCUCACUCGCACACUUGCAACAGCCACUCUUCCUAUUAGCCCGGGUCCAAAUAUUAACUUACAGGGAACUCAAGGAAACCAGAGGAAUGACCAUUCAGUCCCUGAACGCAGCGGUUCACAAAUCGAAGAGGAAGCACGGGUUGAACCCAUCAAGAAGUCCCAGCAUCGCUCUUCCUCCAGCCAACACCACAACCAUCGCAGUGGUGUUAGAGGCCUUUCUAGGCAAGAAACUUUUGACUCGGAAACACAAGACAGCAGAGAUUCGGCUUACGUAGAGCCAAAGGAGGACUACUCACAUGAGCACGGUGACCACUAUGAUUCUCACAGGGAUCACAAUCACAGAGACGAGUCCCACGGGAGCAGUGAUCACAGACAUAGAGAAUCAAGGCAUCGCUCAAAGGAGAGGGACCGGGAGCAGGACCACAAUGAAUGCAACAAACAGCGUAGUCGUCAUAAAUCAAGGGACCAAUAUUGUGACAAGGAUGGGGAAGUGAUAUCGAAAAAACGUAACGACGCAGGAGAAUGGAACAGGGAUGUUUACAUCCGUCAGUAA